UAGUUUUAUUUAGGAAAAAUUAAAAGUUAUUGCUUAAAAAUGCAUAAAAUAUUAGUGACUGGUGGUACUGGCUUAGUGGGCAAAGCUUUAGAAGCAGUUAUAAAACAAGAAAACCCCACAAAUGAAGAAUGGUUUUUUGCCGGUUCCAAAGACGCUGACUUGACAAAUUUGGAAGCAACUAAGGCAUUAUUUGAUAAAGUCCAACCAACGCAUGUUAUACACUUGGCAGCGAUGGUGGGUGGUUUGUUUCACAAUAUGAACAACAAUUUGGACUUUUUGCGCACUAAUUUACAAAUCAAUGACAAUGUCUUACAAACUGCCCAUGAACAUGGUUGCGCUAAAGUUGUCUCUUGUCUGAGCACUUGCAUAUUCCCCGACAAAACUUCUUAUCCCAUUGACGAAACCAUGGUGCACAAUGGCCCUCCACAUCCCUCUAACUAUGGCUACUCGUAUGCAAAACGUUUGAUAGACAUACAAAAUCAUGCCUAUCAUGAUAAAUACGGUGCCAUGUUCACCUCCGUUAUACCCUGCAAUAUUUUUGGACCCCACGACAACUAUAAACCCGAAGUCAGUCAUGUUAUACCUGGCAUGAUCUAUCGCAUGCAUAAACUUAUGCAUGACAACAAAGACUUGGCGGAAACGGAAAAAGUUUUUACUGUUUAUGGUUCUGGCAAACCCAUGCGUCAAUUUAUUUACUCCUUAGACUUGGCCAAGUUAAUGAUUUGGGUUUUACGCGAUUACAACAGUGUUGAACCCAUUAUUUUGAGUGUUGAUGAGGCUCAAGAAGUGACCAUUUAUCAAGUGGCCGAGGCAAUUGCUAAAGCUUUCGAUUUCCAGGGAAAACUAGAAUGUGAUACCUCGAAAGCUGAUGGUCAAUAUAAGAAAACUGCUUCAAAUCAAAAAUUACGUUCUCUACUGCCCAGUUUUACAUUUACGAACUUUGAUGAGGCCAUCAUGACUUCGGUACAAUGGUAUCUUAAUCAUUAUGAGGAGGCUAGGAAGUAAACAACAACAAAAAGGUAUGCUAUUUUAAUAAGGUAGUUUAAUAUUCAAGGGAAAAUUAAACAUUCCUAGAAUCGAAAAUGGAAAAUUCAUAUGGUUCUCUUUCAAAAAGAAAACUAAUAACGAAAAAUAAGAAAUAUUUAAUUAAAUAAAUGAUUGAAUUGUUAAAAACUAUAAA